AUGGCAGAUCUGAUAAGUAGUCUCUCAGACGAAAUAAUUUGUUAUAUUCUUUUUUUUCUCAAAUCCCGUGAAGUUGUUGCAACCAGCGUUCUCUCCAAGCGCUGGAAUCUUCUGUGGCGUUCAGUCUCCUCCUUGGAUUUCGACACUGACGAAUAUUUUUCCCUUCUCAAAUGCGAAAAGGAUAUCCGUACGUUUUAUAACUCGGUGUGUUCUUUCUUGGCUGCUCGUGGAGAUCAACCCUUCUAUAGAUUUCGUCUCAGAUGUUACUUUUCCAUGUAUAUUUUUAAAAGUAUCAGGACUCUGAUUCAGAAUGCAGUGAGUGAAAGUGAUAGAGUUCAAAUCCUCGACCUCAAGUGCGAUCCGGACAUUGUCAUUCCAUCUGUGGUGUUUAGCUUUAGAACUCUUGUAACUCUCAAGUUGGAGUACAUAACAGUGGAAGAUAUUUCCUUUGUUGAUUUGCCCUUGUUUAAGAUCUUGCAUCUGAAUUAUAUUAAUUCCCCAAUAGAAAUUGAUCUUUCACAGCUUCUUUCUGGGUGUCCUAAUCUUGAGGACUUAAAAGUCAUAAAAGUGGGGCAUUUGGCUUGUGAAACUAAAGGAAAGUUUAUCAGAUUGCCCAAGUUGGUUAGAGCAAGCAUCGGUAAAUUCUUGCUUCCAUUGGAAAUAUUUAAGGAAGUUGAAGUUUUGAAAUUCCAUUGGAUAUUUCAACCAAACCUGUACCUGAAUUUUGACUUUCACAAUUUAGUUCAACUUCAAUUGAUUGUGAUCCUGGACUGGCUUCUGGUCUUGAAAGUGCUCAAUCAUUGUCCCAACCUUCAAAGUCUUGUUAUUCGCAUUGAGAAGGUUUAA